UGUGGUAAAAAAAAAAACUGCGGAACGGACGGCACGGAAAGCGUUGCUUCUCGCAGUAUAAGCUGAAGUUAAAAUCUGUGAAAUAAAAAUAAUUGUGAUAAUUAUUAGACUUAUUUAGCAUUAGGUAGGUAUACUAAGCCUAGUAACACGUUUAAUCUUCAGUAGGAAGAAUUAAGUAUUCGAUUCGCUUACUAAUUUAUGACGGAUCGAUUCGCCGUCUAACGUGUACAGGUUAUAAAUAAAAUUGAAUUAGAUUUUAGCUGUAUUCGGGAAUAAAAUGGAAAGCAUGGACGUCGCUCAAGAGGGAACGUCUGCCGCAUCAACCCCAGUCGCUGAGAAUGGACCAGACAAGAAUGUGACUGCUGAGGAAAUGACGUCCAGGGAUUACUACUUCGACUCGUAUGCCCACUUCGGCAUCCACGAAGAGAUGCUUAAGGAUGAAGUGCGGACCCUGACAUACAGAAACGCUAUGUAUCAUAACAAGCACUUGUUUAAGGGCAAAGUGGUGUUGGACAUCGGUUGCGGUACGGGCAUCUUGUCGAUGUUCGCGGCCAAAGCGGGUGCUGCCAAGGUGAUCGCCGUGGAGUGCUCCAACAUCGUCGACUACGCACGGAAGAUCGUCGAAGCCAACCGGCUCGAUGAAAUAAUUGAGAUUGUCAAGGGGAAGGUGGAGGAAGUGGAGUUGCCGGUGGAGAAGGUGGACAUCAUCAUCUCGGAGUGGAUGGGGUACUGCCUCUUCUACGAGAGCAUGCUGGACACGGUGCUGUACGCCCGGGACAAAUGGCUUAAGCCCGACGGCAUGUUGUUCCCGGACAGGUGCACUCUGUUCAUCUGCGGCAUCGAAGACCGGCAGUACAAGGACGAGAAGAUCAACUGGUGGGACGACGUGUACGGCUUCGACAUGUCCUCCAUCAGGAAGGUGGCCAUCUCCGAGCCGCUGGUCGACGUCGUGGACGCCAAACAGGUGGUGACCAACUCGUGUUUACUGAAGGAGAUAGAUUUGUACACGGUGAAGAAAGAAGAUCUGAACUUUGAGUCAAAGUUCCAUCUACAGGUCCGCCGCAACGACUUCAUCCAAGCGCUGGUAACGUUCUUCAACGUGGAGUUCACCAAGUCCCACAAGCGGCUCGGGUUCAGCACAGCCCCCGAGGCGCCCUACACGCAUUGGAAGCAGACUGUCUUCUACUUCGACGAGUACAUGACGGUGAAAAAGGGCGAGGAAAUAGCGGGGACAUUCUCGAUGCGUCAGAACGCGAGGAAUAACAGGGAUCUGGACUUUGAAAUCGAAAUUGACUUCAAAGGAGAGCUUUGUCAAGUGCAAGAGAAGAAUCAUUAUCGAAUGCGUUGAUGUGACCUUCGUCUAGACGCCGCAGCGGCCAGCCUUCCAUACAUACGCAAAUAUUGUAUACUAGACUCUGUUGACUCGUACGCAUCAAGGCAUAAAUACAUACGAAAUAGUCCAUUUCUAAUACCCAUAUCUCCUAAUUAUUUUGUUUAUUUCUGUCAUAGGUUUUACACGAAAAAAGAUCGUAGUUUAUUUUACCUAUAUUUGUAUCAACAAGUUUUUUUAUGACCUGCAUUUUAUCCCGCAAUUGGCAACACUUGUAUAUCGUCGCGUGAAAACCACGGUAUAAGAAGAUUCGGUAUGCUCAAAACUGACAACUAACAUUUGAAGGUUAGCCUAGCUGACGUCAUCCGACCCUGCGUUGCCAUUUCGUAUAAAUUACCCACGACCAUUGUUUUUAUAUUUACUUUGCAAGGAAAUUUUGAAAAUUUUGUAAAAGAGUUACUACAAUUUUAAUGGUUUUUUAUGAAUGUGACAAGUAAUAUUUAAAUACAUUAGUCAGUAAUUCACUUCAUUUUGAAUAAUAAAAAUUACGCCCUUGGAAUGUUGGAGAUACCAAUUUAAUGGUAACACAUAAGUCAGUACGUAGUCGUCACAUGAGUCAUGUCAGGGGCCUAUGGCGGCUCAAUAAUAACCCUGACACCAGGGUUGAUGCGGUUGGUAAUCCACCUCACAACCCACACGAUAGAAGAAGAAGAGUCAUUAAAAGAAAAUGACAGGUAUAACUUAAAAUAAAAUUAGAUGGAGUCUGCAGGAAUUAGCACCAUUUAUGUCAUGGGCUAGCAAUGGCGGCUUGUCAUAGGUUUGAGCAUACUGGGUCUUAUACCAUGGUGAAAACCACGUUAGCGCCUUUUUUUGAUGACACUUUUUGACGUUUUUUUUUUCAACAAACCCCUCUGUUGCAUUCAAUUAAUUUCAUUCCGGGUAAAAAUUGAUACCUUUUUUAUCUGGAUUGAAACUAGCGUGUCUACUGCGAGGUUUUGUUGACAAAAAUCGCAUUCGAAUGUGAUUUUUAAAAAGGCGCUUAAGUUUUUUUUCACUAUAGAGCGACGGUAAAUAACUUACGCGUUUUCCCUCCAGCGGCUUUCGGUUCACUUCGGGGUAGCUUUCUCGGACGUAAGCCUCUCAGACCCGCAGCAUGGCAACCGCGCGUCCCGUAUUAUAUCGAGGGCUUCGACCAAUAACCGCAACAACAUAUAAUUACAUAGUGGGCAUUCGUUGCGACCCUCAGCCAUAACAUGAAGACUAAGCUAGUUAGAUCAGAGGUGCAACCGUCUCACUACUCAUGAAUUAGGUACUAAGUGCCCCCGUUUCACCAAGCUAUCACAUUCAAGCAAGCUAUCUUAUAUUAGUUACCAGAAGCCUUUGGCGCACCCCUCUGACAUAUGUCCGGCUAAGUAGCAAAUCUACGAAAAAACGGUGUUCAAAUUUUGUAUUGUAUAAGUUUAGUGCCUGCUAUAAGAUGAAGAUAUCAAUACUGAAUUUGUGCCCUGAUGCGUGCGAGACCUCAAUGGAUGGACGAUCGCAAGUACAAUAAUGUGUGGGCACGAGAGACGAUCAAACACCACUGUCGAUCCCAUUUUCUCAUUUUUUAUUUUGAACUAAAUCUGUACCAUACCAUACAUAGAUCACCAAUUAUUGCGGAUGUGUUUAAACAAUAAUAAAGGGUGCUAGUGACAUCCUAACGAAAACUUUGAGGGGUGUUUCAAGUGGAAUUUGCCGACGCAAAAGUAUAGAAUUGAAAAAAAAAAUACAUUAAUUUUGCGACGGAAAAUUUCACUUAAAUCAUCAAAGUAUUCGUUACCAUGUCACUAACACCCUGUAUGCAUUUAUCCCGGUCCGCGCCGGUAUUGCGAUUAGUUGUUUUGUCUUUUAAUUAUAAAAAAAUACUGUUGACAAUUGUUUGUCUCUGGUGUCGACAAGUCGAACUUGUAUUCUCAAAAUAUUGAUGUUUAGAAAGGGCAUUGUUUAGUAUAUUUGUCCUAACAAAUUUGAGAACCAUAGCCUAAUUUUAGUUGCUGUAGUUAUGUAAUAUUGAUGUCCAAAGGCUGGUUUCCUACGAAUAGGUAUUAAUUACAUUGUGAAUGUAUUAAAAUGUGGGCGCUGUGUUUUUCUAAUUACUAGAUUUAAGGUUUCAAAGCUCGCUUUAUUUUAGAUUUUGUCGCAUUAUAAACUUUUUCUAUCAUUACUCUUGUGUUGGUAGGAUUGAUUUGGGCGUUACACACGACAUGCAUCGUUCUGAUCUGUGAUACGAAAAUAACAAAUGAUUUUGUGUGAAUUGUGAAUUGGUUCGCAAAAUACCUAAUGAACUUUUUACAAUAAAAUGUGUUAAAUAUAGUACAGAUAAAGCCUAGCAUAAGUAUCCAUACAAUGCGCGUGUAAGCCUCAGGCACACCCCGGACACUUCAUACAAAAAUCUCAUUCUUACCGAGUGACGCGUAAGUGCGAACGAGACAGAGUCCGCGCGCUUUCUCCCUUACUCCUUAGCGGCUUACGGCCAUAAGACUAAAGUAAGAUCCAGACGGGGUGAGGUCGGCGACCGGUAAAAUUGGUGCGCGGCGGAGAGUUAGGCUGCGUUUCCAUUGACGCGGAGCUGUGCGGAGAAAUGCAGGAAUCGACCAAUCACCGUGAGGGAGAGAGUGACAGAGCGUCUUCGUUUUUCGCUCUCUCGAACGCUGUGAUUGGUCAAAUCCGCACAUCUCCGCUCUUCUCCGCCCAUCUCGGCGUCAGUGGAAACCCGGUCUUACCAAUCUAUACGUAUUAUUUUUUAUUCUAUGCAACGGGGGAGUUACGUUUGCAUGAAAGUUAUUUCCAAUGUAUGUUUACACUGGAUACUUAUGUUAGUUACUCUGUACCAAAGUGCGGUGAUUGAGUUACAAAAAGGAUCUUAUAGCUGCCAUUGAUUAUUAGUGUCUUGAGGUGUUAAAAAGUAAAAAUAAGUGUGCAGUUUUAGUCAUAAGCAAGUUGGAUUGAAUGUCUGGAACAAUGUAAAAUCUCGCAUCGACAGAUCACGGGUAAAGAGUUGAAUUACUGGCCGCACCGCAUCGCAAUUGCCUAUGCUUCUAGCCUUUUCUGACACUCAGAACUAUCAUUUGCUAAAGCGAGAUGAAUAGCGAGAGUGCGACUUCACUUCGAUCGUUUCGUCGAUUUCGUCGCGUGCGUAUCAUUAUCUCGCUUUAACAAAUGACGGUCCUAAGUGUCAGAAAAGUACAGAAACAGGAUGAUGUAGUCUAACUCUUAAAAGUAGUAAAGAUCCAUAAAGAACCAUAUCUUAGAUACACUGUGUUUGAUGCCUUUAUCAUAUUGCAUGUUGAAUCUACUGGAAUAUUUUAGUACUUUAGUCUAGCUAGCGUUAUUCGAUGCAAGAUAAAAUAAAGUGAGCUCUAUGUAUGACAUGUUGAACUUAAAAUACGUGUAAAUUAGUUCUGAUGUUUGUAUUAAACCGCCUAAGUAUGACCCCUCUUUUGUUGAUUCUCUAAACCUAGAUAAAAUAUAAACAGUGUUAUUACAAAACGAGAACUAGAAGAUAAAACUAGGUGUAAAAUAGUCCUUGUCACGAUAGAAGUCCCGCGGCGCGGCGCUGCUGUCGCAGUUUCUGCAUAGAAUUAUUAUGAUUUGUCAAUUAAUCUAUGUGUCGUGUUAUGUUAGUAAUACACCGGCUUCCCGAUCGGGGAGCGCCGUUUCGAACUCUUACCAGACUUGCACCAAAGAGUUAUUAAUUUAUCUUAAGUGCAAUUCACUAACACAGUUAACUCGACCAUUAUAGACGGCGGUACGGUUCACCACCUAUCACGUUGGUGUAACAGAAAGCUCGGUGAAGUGUGGGUACUUAGUUCAAGCUGCGAUGGAUGUACCUCUGACGUCUCCAAUUGGGAUAUUGUCGUGAACUUAUGUUAUCUCAAAUAGUUCUUUAAAAUCCGUCGACUUUAGUGGCGCGAUGUAUUAUUUUAAACCUAGUUUAACUUUAGUCUUCGUUCAGUAAUAACGCUGAAAAUGGCAUUUUGUCCUUUACCAAAUAUCUAACCAUUUUGUUAAAAAGGAAACAAAUAGGGUAGUUGGCAAGUAUCGUUUUUCAUUAGAGUACCAAAUGUGAAAAAACAACGCAGAUUCGUUGAAAAAUUUAAUUCAUUUUUUUUACAUCCAUCUGAAAUCAGGGAACUAAAGAAGUGGCAAUAGAAAGGAGUGACGUCACUGACCGAGCAAUGCUUAUGUGGAUAAAAACUGCCUAUUUCUCCCACCAGGUGUCGCUACUGUUGAGUGUUCUUAGAAUUUGACAGUUCCGAUACUAUUUGAGUAAAGAAACAUUGUUUUGGUGAUAUUUUUACACUAUAACCCUUUGCGCAGCGUUUAACUGAAAAAUCAUAGUGUUAUAUUUAGUCCCUAAAGACCGGAAAGAAGAAAAUUUAUAAAAACUUAUUUUCAACUGCCUUGUUCCAACUAAUGGCCGCUUUUCAUUUUCGCAACUCAUCCUUCAGACAGGAUACACUUCACGUUACUCCACGUUUUAUGACAAUUUUAAUUUUGGAGAACUGUCAAAAUUUAGGAAAACUCAACAGUGCUGCCGCCUACAUUUGAGCAUCUAGUUUUUAUCCUCAUCUAAUUUUCAAUUUCGAACUGGAAUGUUUUUACUUUAUAAUUAUAAUAACACGAUUUUUCCCUGUAAUAGUGUUUUAAACUUUUAAUACUGAUUUUCUUAACAUGUUUCGCCUCGUUAUCAAGUUGGACUUUUAAAAUAGACUUGUAUCAGAAAUUGUACGUUAAUGUGGCAAAUAUGUACUAUCUUCUGUGCCUAUUGUCUGCAAGUGAUUAUGUACCUCAUGGUACCAUAAAAUAUGAGUAAGCGGA